UUGCUAUCUGUGUAAUCGAUUCUUACAAUGAAUACGCGAUAUAUGUAGUCGAUCAUGUGAUGUGAAGUUUUUCUUUUUCUUCCAGAGUUCGUAAUUAUGGCACACACAGAGUUAUAUGAUGUUUUAGGUGUUAGCAGAACUGCAUCCGAAAAUGAAAUUAAAAAGGCCUACCGAAAGCUUGCUAAAGAAUUUCACCCUGACAAAAAUCCACAUGCAGGAGAUAGAUUUAAAGAGAUUUCAUUCGCUUAUGAGAUCCUCUCUGAUGAUAGGAAAAGGGAUAUGUAUGAUCGAUAUGGUUUAGAAGCAUUACAAGGAGGUGGCGGAGGGAGCACAAUGGGUUAUGAUAUUUUGUCUCAAUUAUUUAAUAUGUGUGGUGGUUCUCAGAGAGGACCAAGAAAAGGAGAAGAUACAAUUCACCCUCUUAGAGUUACUUUAGAUGAUUUGUACAAUGGCAAGACCACUAAACUUCAAUUACGUAGAAAUGUGCCUUGCAGGACUUGUAAUGGUAAGGGAUCGAAGUCUGGAAUGCUUUUAACAUGUAAAGGAUGUAAUGGUCGUGGUUAUAAAGUUGCCCAUCAUCAAAUAUCACCUAGAAUGACACAAGAAUUUCAAAUGAAAUGUGGUGAUUGCAAUGGAGAAGGACAGGUAAUAAACAAAAAAGACAGAUGCCCACAAUGCCAAGGGAAAAAGAUCAUCGAAGAGCUUAAAGUUCUUCAGGUGGAGGUUGAGAAAGGUGCUCAUGAUGGGGAUAGGAUUGUAUUCCAUGGGGAAGGUGAUAGGCAGCCAGGCAUUGAACCAGGAGACGUCAUCAUCAUUCUCCAAGAAACAGGAACUCACCCUACUUUCAGGAGAUCAGGGAAUGACCUCUUAAUGAAAUAUCAAAUUCCAUUAACUGAAGCAGUUUGUGGAGUAAACUUGGUCAUCAAGCAUUUAGAUGGCAGGAAUCUCUUUGUCAAAAAUCCCCCAGGAACUGUCAUACAGCCUGAUAUGGUGAUGGAAGUCCCGAACGAAGGUAUGCCGAUUAAAAGAAGCUUUGAAAAAGGAGAUCUUUUGAUACAGUUUAUCGUUGAUUUCCCUAAAAGUUACUUUGCUCCAGAUCCACAAAUUAAGUUAAUCGAGUCUCUCCUACCCCCGAGACCUAAGACUGUGAUUCCCAAAGAUGCCGAAGAUGCUGAUCUAAAUGAAUAUACUGAAACCCAAGGAUCUGCCACGAGCGGCGGCUCUGGAAGCGGGGAGGCCUAUGAUGAAGACGAUGGACCAGGCAUGAGGGCCGGCCUGCAAUGUGCCCAACAAUAAACUAUAAUCGUUCUUUGGAGAGCUGGUUUCUCUAAUGAGGAAAUACCGAUUUCAUAAAUCCGUCAUGCUGUGAUUAAUAUUAUUACAUGCUUUUUUUGGUUAAUUCAUCACUCUACUUCUUACAAAACUCAGGGUGUAUGCCAUAAAUCUGUAAUUCUGUAGCAUGUAAUUCUACGAUCCUCCCCCGGCCCAUGCGCAUUACUUCUGCUCACCGAUGCAGGCUGUUUAUUUGACAAAGAAGUGGUAUAUCGUUAUUAAUGCAGCGAGUUUUAGUUAAUUUUUCCCUUCUUUUUUUUUUGUAUGAUAUAAUAUAUUGAAUUUGUUUUGUACCUGGUAAAUAGCGAAUAGCUCUAAGUUCCCUUUAAGUGUUUGAUUCCAGUUGUACUAAUUGCAAUUUACUCAUGUGUCAGUUUAGUCAAUUUACAAUUAAUUUUCUA